GAAGCACAGUAUAACUGAGUCUCAGAGGUAGACCCCACUGUCAUCCUCUAGUUUUCUCCGCCGCAUAACUGAACGUCCGAACCCGAACCAUGUUCACUUGGUCGCGUCCAUGGGCUUCUCUCUAACACCAACCCCUACCUCUCUCCUCCACCACCCCAACCUCACACGCCGCUCCCUCCUCUUCCUCGCCACCACGACCACCACCCUCUCCGUCCCUCUCGCCCCUACCCUCUCCGCCACCACCACCACACCACCCCAGCCUCCCAACCCCACCAUCACCGACCGCAUCUUCAUGGACUUCAGCCUCUGUCCCAACUACUUCCUCCCCAACCGCACCCUCGGUGACAACCUCUCCACCCUCUGCUCCGAGUCCACCCCACUGGGGCGCAUCGUCCUGGGCCUCUACGGCAACCUCCUCCCCCUAACCGUCUCAAAUUUCAAGUCCAUGUGCCUCGGCUCCAACUCCAGCGCUUCCUCCUACAAGAACACUCUCGUCCACAAGAUCUUUCCUGGACGCUACUUCCUUGCCGGCCGGCAGGGCAGGCCUGACAAGGGCGAGGUCCGCCCAACCCAUGACCUCGCCCGUAAUACCGAGACUGUCGACUCUAAGGCCUUCUCCCUGAUGCACUCACGGCCCGGUGUCGUUUCGCUCUCGCUUUCCGAGAACGACGACGAUGACGAGAUCAAGCUUGACCCUGGUUACCGCAACGUUGAGUUCCUGAUCACCACUGGACCUGGCCCUUGCCCUGACCUUGAUUAUAAGAACAUUGUCUUUGGAACCGUGCUAGAAGGUUUGGACGUUGUCACAGCGAUAGCUUCCAUUCCAACUUACCAACCAUCUGAACGAAUUCGCCAGUUUAAUGACUUGGCUGAGUUUUUUGGAGAUGAAAGGGCUCAGAAUGCUCGUGCCACAUGGAACAGGCCACUUACAACUGUCUACAUUAGUGACUGUGGAGAGCUAAAAGUUACACAUCCUCCCCUCUCACCAUCUCUUCCAUAAUUUCUUUUCAUGUAUAAAUAAUUUCAGAUGACUUCAUAGAACUGGUGUUUGUAAAAUCAUACUCGAAUUCUUUUCAAGGUAAUAACACUAUUUUUUAUUUAAAA